ACUUUCUUUCAGGACACACUUCUCAACAAUGGAACCAAAAGUCUUGCUCCUGACAUUUGCAAUUAUUUUCGCUUUCCUAUGCCCUAUAAAUGCUGCAACAAUGCCUGAUUACAUCCAAAUCUGCCAUCGAAAUGAUCCAAAGAUAGCGGAAUGUGUCAAGGAAACAGUGCAUUCUAUACGACCGCAUUUGGCUGAUGGUAUUGAGGAAUUGGGUGUUCCGGCUAUGGAACCACUGUAUAUCGGUGAUUUGAAUAUAUUGGAAGGUGGCGCCAAUGGAAUUAACGUUAAAGUAAAAAAACUCAACGUUUACGGAUCGUCAAAUUUUGAAAUCAAAAAAAUUAGAGCAUCUGAUGAUGCCAGAAGGUUCGAUUUUGAACUGAUUUUGCCGUAUCUGCACGGCGAAGGCAACUACAAUAUUAAUGGACAAUUAUUGGGUUUAACGUUGCGGGGUAACGGCCCGUUCACUGGAAAUUUCACCAAUUUUUAUGCCUUCGUGAAGGUUAUCUUCAACGUUACAACGGUGAACGAUGUUGAACUGAUUGGCCUAAAAGAAUUAGUUGUCAAGAUUCGCACAGGCAGUGGAAACGUACAUUUGCAGAAUCUAUUCGGCAAUGAUAAAACGCUAGGCGAUAUUAUAAAUGAGACUAUCAAUCAAAACUUCGAACUAUUUACCAAUGAAGUUAUACAACCCAUCGAACGCGCUUUGGAGAAGAAGUUUAGCGCCGUCUCAAGUAAAA